UCCCUAAGCUAUAGCUUGUUUAGCUUAUACGUAAAUCCGACUCCCACCUCCACUCCCCAGACUUGAGUCUUCAUCCUUUGGUGGUUCCCCAGCUAGUUCCUCUCGCCAUUCCUCGGCUUCCAAGCAGCCCGUAACACCAUCCCUCUUGGGCGAGGUGGAUCCAGGCUAAAGCCGGCAGGGUGUUAGAUGCAAUCCGUCCACUACACUCGCUUAGUUCGUCUGAUUUGAGCACCGCCCCCCGUAUACGUUUGCUACGCGUAAUUUUGUGCUGUGAAUGGCAAAGCGCGCUGCUUUGGAAAGGGUUCCUGGCUCUUUACGCGGCACAACACCCACGCGCCCCGCGUUGGCAGCAGCAUCGAUGCCUCGUCCCGGGCUCGUGUGCUUGUGUGUGUGUCUUUUGUGUGUUUGUUUUUAAGGGGAGGACGCCCGGGAGGCGGUCCUAAGAGCAGGGGCGGAGCCAAAGGCUUCCGGGAGGCGGAAAGCGGAGCUGUGCGCGGAGUCGAGGAGAAGGAGGGCGCGGCGGCGGCGGGCGACCGAGUUGUUUUGUGCCCCCGGCUCCGCUGCGCUCCACGCCGGCGUCCGAGCGCGCGCUAGGGCCCCGGGGGGCGGCGGCGAUGGCUUCGAUGGCGGCGGCGAUCGCCGCUUCCCGCACGGCGGCCCUGAACGGCAACCGGCCGCUGGAUGAGCGGGAGCGCAAGCGCUUCAGCUACUUCUCGUCGCUCAACCCCAUGGCGCGCAAGAUCAUGGCGGAGAAGGAGCGCAUCCGCGAGCGCUACGGGCCCGAGUGGGAGCGCCUGCCGCCCCGCCAGCAGGACGAGAUCAUCGACCAGACCCUGGUGGAGCCCCACAUCCAGGCCCGCUACGCGGCGCACCGAGGGGUCACUCGGGGACCCCCGCCGCCGGUCUGCUACCCGAACCUGCGCCUCAACACCGGCCAGAAGGUGGUGCACUUCGGCGACGAGGUGAGAUCCUGCCCCGAGCGAAAGGACUCUCUGCACACGCUCAGGAGCACGGUUUGUUGUCGGUUCCGGGCCUGCGCUGCGGGGAUCUGUCUGCUUGGCGUCCAGUGUUACGCCCCCUUGUGAUGGUGUCGAGGGAGGGUAGCCUCUGGGAAAAAGAUUUGCAGGGGAAAGAAUAUAAAGCAGAGGAAGGAUUUUUUUUCCUUUUAAAAAAAGCAUAUUUGUUUAUUCAAGGCAGGGGUUUGAAGAAUUCCGCUCUAGAAGUAGUUUUCGGUGGAACAUGUGUUGCAGUGAGAGAUUUCAUUUAGACAUGUACAGAGUGUAGGUUCCACUCCUUACUGAGCAUAGCCAGAUCCCCCCAAGUCUGAGAUUUGCAGUGACAUGGCAGAGAAGCAUGUAUCACUCCUUGGCAGACUUGCGGGUUGGGUAUCUCAUGUCGUCCAAGUACUAAAGGACUUCUACCUAGGGCUGCUGAGCUUUUGGCGCUCCAGAUGUUUCUGGAGUCUGAACUUGCAGCAUUUCAAACUGUUGGCUGUGCUGAUGGGAAUGGAGUUUAACAACACCUGGAUGACCAAAGAUUCCCUGUGCUCUGACCUAGGCUGGUUUGGGACGCGGUGUAAAAACACACACACACAGAGAGAGAGAGAGAGAGAGAGAAACAAUAUAAGUCACAAUUCUUUAUACUGUUGUUUCUUAGGAAAUACUGUGUUUUGAGGCAUUUCCCCCCAGACUAGCUUCGAUCUGAAUUGAGAAAAACCCGGUAAUGUGUACACAGUGCUGGAGUGUAAUCCUAGGCAUGCUUACUUGGAAGUAAAUACUACUGCGUUCAGUCAGAUUGACUCUGAUGAAAGGGGUGCUUAGGAUUCCAACGUAAGACAUUACAGUGGUUGCUUCUUCAACUUAACAGGGUUGUUUAAAUUUCUGCUUUUACAGCAGAAAUUAAACUGCUGCAUUUUCAGUAGCUGAUGAGUGGGGUAACUGAAGAGUGUUGUUCUUUUAACCACUUAAAACUGGUGCAACUUUUGUUGUUAGCUUUCUGCUGCUGUUAUUUGGAAUUGUGUGUUUUUUUCAAAAAGAAUUGCGUGUGCAAAUAUAUAUUAUUAUAAUGUUAGCUUUAUGCUUCAAAAUAUGCUUUAAGUUACUUGGAGACCUUAUGUAACAAGUGACCAACUCAUCUAGUAUUUUUGUUACUGCUGCUGCUUUUUAUUGUUGGAAAGUACUUAGCAAUGGAACUGUUCAUUUUAUUGUCAGUGGUGUAGGUGAUGUGCUUUUACUUUUGGCUGUAGAGUCUCUUUUCUCAUGCAUCACAUCUGCAGCUGUCAAAGCUAAUAGCAGUAAGACCAGCACCAACGCCUGGAAAGUCUUCAUUGCCCUUCCCAGCAUUUCCCUUUUGCUGCUUUUGGGCUCCCCUGCAGGAGAGGUGCGGGGAGCCAGCUGCAAAUCACCUAACCUGGAGAGAAGACCUCUUCCCCUCUGAACUAUAUUGAAACUGGGCUGCUGAAGAGACCAGCACCAAGAACUUCAUUUACUGUUGACUUUUUCUGCUUUGUUUUUGGCUCUAGAUUAAUUUUUUCAUAAUAGUGAAUUCAUUCCAUGUGUGCUGAAUUGUUUAUUUUUGUCCAGUUAGAAUUAUACGAUAAUCUUUAUUGUCAUUGUCCCAUACAGAACAACGAAACUGAAAAACUCUACAUCAGACAUUCAAAAACCAACAAGCCUGCUAUCCCAGCCUGGUUAGUCCCCUAAAAACCCAUAAUUAAUUAAAUAUAAUAUACUCCCAUAGAGACUACCUUACACUGCAUUUAAAACCAAAAUCGCAUUUGAAUAGAAUUUGUUUCUCAGGCGGAUAAUCCUAGUUUUUAUAACCCUGUACCUUCUUCCAGAAGGCAGAAGCUGAAAGAGAACAUUUCUGGGGUGCGCACUGUCCUGCACUAUCUCUGCAGCUUUCCUAUGGCACCUGGAAGCAUAGAUUUGAUCCAAGGUGGGAAGAGUGCACCCAAUUAUUCUCUCCCUUAUAGAGCCGGAACAGACCCUGAAGGUAGGGAUCCUGCCCACAGCUGUCCCCGGGUGGGCUCAAACCAUCAACCUUCUCAUUAACAGCCAGAUGCACUGACCCACUGCGCCACAAUGCUCCCCCUAACCUGUUUUGUAUUUUGCUUCAAGUGGGUGCUUGUUGUAAGCCGCUUUGGGCGCUGCUAACUGUGGAAAGGCAGCACAUAAAUAAAUGAAACCAGUCAAUCAUUUGUGCAACAUGCCAUUACAUCACUGUACAAAGGCAGUUCAUGAGGUCAUAAUGAGAUCAUUGGAAGCAGUAGUGAAACAGGGUGCCAUUUGUUCUUCAUGGUUGCUACCUCAUCCUGAGCAGGCAAAGGCAAACUUGCAUAUGUUCAAGCAUGAAGAAGAAGAAGAAGAAGAGUUUGGAUUUGAUAUCCCGCCUUUCACUCCCUUUAAGGAGUCUCAAAGCGGCUAACAUUCUCCUUUCCCUUCCUCCCCCACAACAAACACUCUGUGAGGUGAGUGAGGCUGAGAGACUUCAGAGAAGUGUGACUAGCCCAAGGUCACCCAGCAGUUGCAUGUGGAGGAGCGGAGACUCAAACCCGGUUCCCCAGAUUACAAGACUACCGCUCUUAACCACUACACCACACUGGCUCUCAACACUAGCAUGGACAAUAUUUUCUCAAAGUAGCAUUGUCUAGGCUGCCACUGUUUUAACGGUAGCUUUUUAAAAAAUGCCGAUUUGGACUAGUUAACUUUGGCCUGAACUUUCAGAGGCAUAGGCAAGACCAAUGUAAGAGACAUGAACUGGGCUGAGAAGGUGGUAGGUGUAUUUACCCCAUGUUUAAAAUUUGCCUGUUUGUAGAGAUGGAGGGAAAAACCCAAAACAUUAGGCGGCAAACCUAACUUGUGUCAGGAGAGCCAAACACAGCUCAAUAGAAGUUUCAAAUAAAAAUAUAAACAUGUCUGUUGGUUCUUUAAUAGUAGUCACCCAAUACACUCAAUUCUCUGGGUGGUGUACAUAUUUGUUUAAAAACGCCACUUAAAAUCACACAUUGAUUUAAAAAAUACAAUUCAGUAAAGCAGUGCAGUACAGAAACAAUGUAACUGACAGAAAGGAAACCUAAAACUAGAAAAAAAUAAAUCAUACCAAGCCACACAUAAUACAACCGGAUGAUAAAACGACGACUGUACAACACCAAAUAACUUAGCCAUUUAAAAAGCUUGUGAGAAUAAAUAGGGCUUUGCCUGAUGUGGAAAAUACAUUAAAGUAGGCACAGUUUGUCAGUAUAGUAACUCAAUUCCUACAGAAUUCCUGCCAGAAAAAAUAUCGGGGAGUCAACCAACCACCUCCCCAGGUGUUCUGUCUAAGUGUUGGACAGCUCAUACUUUCUGGAAGUUGUUCCUUAUCUUUAUUUGAGAUCUACCUUCUAGAGUGACGUAGAAUAAAUGUGCCCCAUCAUCAAUGUCACAACCCUUAAAAUAUUUGUAGAUGCCUAUCGUGUUGUCUCUUAAUUAUCUAUCCUCCAGGCUAAGUAUGCACAGCACCUUCAACCUUUCCUCAUAGGAAAAUGCUUAUCAUGGUUGCUUUUUGAAAAACAAAGGCUUUGAGGAUCCAGCCAUUUGUUUGGGGUCUUUUGGAGAAUUUGACCUCAUUUCAAGAUGCUGUUUUCAAGCAGAUGCUUGCCAUUAUUGAAAAGGAAGAGGGAUUGUUUAUGCAUUUGUUAAAUUUGUAUACUGCCCCUAAUCCGUAGAUCUCAGGGCGGUUAUCGACAUGAAAAUACAAGACCAAAAACACAAAAUGCAUAAUAAAAGCAAGAAGAAAAAUACGGUGAUUGUUGAGUGGAAAGCCUUAGUUUCACUUGUGCUUGUGUCACCAUCUCAAGCUGCCUUGAGUAAAAAGGCAGGGUAUAAAUUAAUAAUAAUAACAACAACAAUAAUAAUAACCAUAGGUCUUGGCCUAUUGCCAGUUUUGCCACCUUUCCCUGCCGUACUUCCAUCCAUGUGCGUUUAUAACCCACACUCUUUAUUUAAUGUUUUUGCAGACAGAGAGAAUGUACAUUACUUUUCACGGUGCCACAGAACUCUUUAUCUUUUCUUUUCCAUUUUUUGGACAGCAAUAAGCUAACAUGACUGACUGUCCACAGUAAAUAUAUUCUGAGGUAUUAGAUUUUCAAUAUUUUACUUCCUUUACUUCCUUUGGUCCCCAGUGGUUCUUACCUGUGCAAAUCUGGAUUGGGACUGGAUAGUCAAGAUGAGAUGUACUGCUAUGUAUAGCCCUAACACUGAUGUCAGAAAGUCAUUAAACAACAGUGGUCUUGAAUAGUCAGGGUCAAGCUAUUUUAUUUAUAUUUAUAAAAGCCCUGGCUCAUUAAACAAUAACAAGGUAGUUACAGAUAUAUAUAGGAUAGGAAACAAUAUUAACUCCAUGACACUUUGCCUUGGGUGGAAAGUUAUUCUGACACUCUCCCCUCUUCGGUGUGUUUUAAUUUGUUGGAAGUCGCCCAGAGUGGUUGGGGUAACCCAGUCAUAUGGGGCGGCAAAUAAAUAAUAAAUGAUUAUAAUUGUAAUUUUUUUGUAUAAAAUAUGUACAAGAGAUUCAGGACACAUAUAGCCCGAACAUACACACACACACACACUGUAGCAUGGACUUCAUUCAAGUAUUCCUAAAUCAAUACUGGGUUAGCAGGGUAAUCUCAUAGAAAUUCCUCCGUGUACAGUACCCGUGGUUCAAGGGUUUUAAGAUGUCAGGAAAUUGUUCAUUAACUUACUCUGAAAAAUCCUGACGGUCUGCUGUAGGAUGUUCCACUCAGUUUGUGUGGGGAAUUGGUCACCUUUUGGGGUCUUGCGUGCGGCUGAGUGUGACCUAAAAGUCCCAGUGCUCUCCCAUGGCUGCCGUGAGCAAGAUACCUUUUCACAGAAACUUGCCCACUGGCAUUGGCCUCAUCACUGGAAAGGAAGGAAAGGAAGGCCUCAUCACUGAAGGAGCCCCUGAGAUUCCAAGUAAUCUUAUGGCUUUCCUAAUCACAGUUUGAAAGUAACUGUCUUCUCAGUAGGGUGUUCUUUAUGUAGAUAUGUUUGGAUGUUGGGAAAAAAGAUCUACAAAUAAUGGUCCAUCAAAACAGUCUCAUGAUUAGCUGUUAGAGAAUUGGCCAUCAUCUUAUGGUUGUUGAGUGGCAGAUAAACUAAGCCAGCGGUUUUCAAUUAAGUGAAAUACUGAAGAGAAAACAAACAUUAUAACCAGGAAACAAUGGAAGGAAUGCAAAGGAACCAAUGGAAAUACUCUAGUUGGCCUGUCCUAAAAGUUCAUUCAUAAAAAUGACCUAUCUUAUUUUAGAAGGAUGUGUGUGUGUCUUUACUAACAGCUAAUAAGUUUAGCAAAAGGCAGUAGGAAGUUACUGCUAAAAUAAGAAUUAGAGCUGAGGAAAUGUUUACAUUCAACGCACGGAAUCUGGCAAGCCGUUCCACGUAUCUUGAGGGAAGUCUGGUGGUAUAAUAACUGUGGCUAUUCCAAGAGUUGAUGUUUUUAAGACACCUUCUAAAAAGAUUAAAUCAGGUUUUCCAUUGCUGCUGUUGAGCCAGGAAAAACAAGAGUGUGGAAAAAUAAAAUUUAAUGGUCCUAAUUAUAACUGUUUUUAGGUUUUGCUAAUCUCUUGAUGGUUGAUACACGUGGCAAAGCAGCUGGAAAAUGGAGCAGAUGCUUAAUAGUACUAGUAGUAAUAAUUUUAAAAAAGGUAAAGGAUCCCUGGAUGGUUAAGUCCAGUCAAAGGCGACUUUGGGGUUGCGGCGCUCAUCUCGCUUUCAGGCCGAGGGAGCUGGCAUUUGUUCACAGACAGCUUUCCGGGUCGUGUGGCCAGCAGGACUAAACCGCUUCUGGCGCAAUGGGACACUGUGACAGAAACCAGAGUGCACGGAAAUGCCGUUUACCUUUAGUAGUAAAGGCAUGCUUUCCCCAAGAAAGUAACGCAAAAAGCCUCAAAAACAAAAGCGCAAAAUAAAUAGCAAAAACAAAAGCUCCAAACUUAAUCCGUUCCUGAAGUCCAUUUGACUUCCAAAAUGUUCAAAAACCAGCUUCUGAUUGGUGCAGCCGCACUGGAAACAAUAGCCAACAGCUGCAUCGGAUGUUCAGCUUCUGGAAAACAUUUGAAAACCGGAACACACACACUUCGGGUUUUCGGUGUUUGGGAACCAAGGCAUUUGAGAACCAAGGUACCUCUGUACUUGGGGGCAAGCUGAUAAAUUUCUCCUCCCUUAAAACGCUGGCAUAUAAUGCAACUAGGAAUUGGUAGUGGUGGUGAGACACGUAGGGCUGGGAGAGACCACUGUCUGUAACCCAAAGAGCUACUGCCAGUCAGUGUAGGCAAUACUGAGAUAAGUGCACCAGUGUCCUGACUAGUAUAAAGCAGCUCUCUCUGUCCUUUAUAGGGAGAGAGUCAUAGCACCAUUGUGGAAGAUCUCAGAUUCAGUCCCCCGCUUCUGCAAGUAGGAUUGGGAGACGCUCCUGUCUGAAGCCAUUGUGAGCCACUGUCGGUCAGUGCAGUCGAUGAUUCUGAGCAAGAUGGACCAGUGGUCCCUGUACAGGGCGGCUUCCUGCACUCCAAUGGGCCCCGGCCAUUCCCUUCCAGCUUAGAGCUUGUAAAGCAUGGUUAAAAUGUGCUGGCUUUCUCUGCAUCCGCACAGUGGUUGAAGUUCUAGCAACCUAGCAGGUACAGAAAGAAGCCAGUGAAUCUCAGCCAACCCUCUCCAGCUUGGAGCCAGUGAGACACAGAAGAGACUGGCCUUUGGUGGGGAGCAGCGGGGUGGGAAGGCAGAGGUUGGGUUUGGUACUCUGCUUGCAUCCAGGGAGCUAGCACAAAUGACAGGCUCCCACCCUUGUUUGGAGCUGCGGAGGAGAUUAUUUACUCCUCCAACACUGGGAGGAAUGACUUGAGCGCAUCUUGCUUGCAAGAUAGCAGGGCUGUUGUCCAGCCCCUGCUUAAAAGUAUAUUUUGAAUACAUCACAGGCAUACACAUUUAAUCCACUGGGCUUCUUGAUUAUCUGCAUGCUGCACAGCAUCAUUAUGACUUGGUUUUCGUAACUCUUAAUUCUGUCAGGCAACCACUGUCAGAACUAUUUUUCCAAUUCUCCAGUUGCAUGGCAAACUAAUCUGCAUCUUGUAAUCACAUGUGAUUUAAAGUGAGUGGAGCUUGAAUUAACUCCAAAUUGGUCUUGUUGCAUAGGAUCGUCCCCGUCGCCCCCAAGUGCUAUUUGAAGUAUUUAGAUCAGAAUUGAGGGUAUCUAAAAAAUGAUGCUUAAAAAAAACCCUGGAAUGUUUUCUGUUACUUAGCUGAAAGUCAAAACCAAUAUGGAACAAGUAAUUCACCCGCCUUCCAUGAUAUGAAGAACUGAGGAGAAGUUGUUUUUGUUGGAAUUCUGCCUGGGUCAGAGGAAUGUGCCACAGCGUAGGCACCGGCAGAUAUUCCUGUCGACCUCCCCGCGUCUCCACUCUGCUGAUAAGCAGGCGAGGUCCGGCGAUUCUUCUCAGAUGUAUGAGAGGAACACACCGUUCUUCCUCUCUCCCCUUUGGUGUCCCCAGGGAGGGAAAAAAAGCAGACAGAAAACUAUUUACAUCAUUUAUUUCUGCCUCUUACAUCAGUACAGAGAAUCAUGUCUGCACUCAACAACAGCAAGAAGAAACUCCUCCCAAGUACAUCCAGUACGGGUCAUAAGACACACACACACUGAGCUAACAUCCGGUGCUCAGUACAGAAUGGACUGCCCCUUUGUUCCCAUGGCAACAGUCACAAACAUCCUGUCUGGCUUUCCAGCCACAAGCAGCUGGCUGAGCUGCUAGAGCCUUUGCUUGCUGCAGCAUUGGUGCUUUAUGGUAACAUACUCCCCUAAAGUAUCAAUGUGUGCCGCGAGCAAAGCGUCAUCCAGAGAAGAAAACAAACAGUUGUUAUAUUUAUAACAUUCCCCUGUUGUGUCAGUUCCACCCUUGGAACUACCCGCCACUGGUUUAACCAAUGUACCUCUCUGGUUGUCUGGCUUCCAAGGAAUGAGUGCUUCUGCAUUACCUUGGCUAGCUACCCUCUGUUGUGUCUUUGUCUCUGACGUAGACACUGCUUCAACCUGCUUUGAGUUGUUAACAAUAGCAACACAUGCAACAGCUAAGUUAGCAAACUCUUUUGAGUACCUCUUUGGUGGUACACCCUUUGUAACUCUCUCAGACCUGCGUAUGAGGUUCUGAUCUUCUGUGCUCACUGGUUCAACCUUUGGACUCUGUUGAGAACCAGUAGCAAUCAGUGGUUCAUCCUCCUCUUCUGAGGGUCUAGUCAUUAUGUGAGAUUUCCUCUCAAUGACUGUGACAACUGAGCUGUCUGAGCUAUCGCUGUCAUCAUCAGUACUACUGAACUCAAUAAGAUCAAACUCAUCAUCAUCAUCAUCAUCAGAAUCGUUUCCUGUGGGAAAUGUCUGUACUAUCCGCUCUUGCUUUGGAGCACUCUCUAGGAACUUUGUGAGAAUCACCUGACCAGAUUCAGACAAAAUUACUCUGUAGAGACCUUUUUCAUAACCCACAAAAAUGCCUCUGGCAUUCUUUACACCACCUGGAGCUUCUGUUCUCACAUGAGACCCGAAAACCUUGAAAUAGGCAACAGAAGGUUUUCUAUUGAACAGCUUCUCAAAAGGAGAACAUCCCAACUCUGUUGAGACCUUUCUCAACCACACAUGAAGAUAGGACGCUAGCGAUUCGGCCCAAUAUUCAUGUGGCAAAUGUGAACUCAGCAAUUGCGCAUUCAUCCCCUUUUGCAAUUCUUUGUUCACUCUCACACAGACCCCCCUGUUCCACGCUUCUUGCGAGACUGCAACUUUGUGGUCUAUCCCUUUUCCAUCCAGGAACUUCUGAAACUUCUGCAACAGAAAAAUUUGCUUCUCAUCUGUGAAAAGACAAUCAAUGUUAGCAUCAUGCAUACUUUUAACCUUGUCACAAAACUCCUGAAACUUUUCUAAAGUUUCUUGCGGUUUCUCCAUCAUAUAAACCCAAGAAUAAUUAGUGAAACAAUCCACACACAAAAGGUAAAAUCGUGCACCGCCUCUAGAUGGUUCUAGAGGACCAAUCACAUCAGCAUACACCCGCUGAAAUGCUCUGUCGACCUUCUUGGUCUUAGUCACCUUCCUGGUGCUCACACUGGUCAUGGUCGCCCCUGCAAGAGAGAUUUCGUUAGAAACAGAAGAAUUACAUUUCAUGUAAUCACUUUGAUCAAAAGUCAACAAAUACAGUCCAUCUUUCUCUUUGGCAGUAAGAAACAGUUCUCCAUCUUUGUAGAUCUUGCAGCUUUUAGCAUCAUAGGACAGUUUCAGUCCUUUCUUUGCAAUCUGCGACACGCUCAGCAGAUUAAAUCUCAGUUCUGGAACCAGGUAAACAUCACUUAUAGUCAAGUUCAGACUUUCAAGAUACACAGUCCCAAUUCCAGUUGCUUUCAACUCCUGACCGUUGGCCUGUUUCACAGUGAAGCUUUGCUUCUUCAACGUCGAAAAUAGUUCUCUGUGCGGGCACAUGUGAACCGUUGCGCCCGUGUCAAUUAUGAACGAGUUCCCAACAUCUGGCGUGGUUCCUUUCGCCAUCAUAGCCUUUGCAGGUUUCACCUGGCACUUGGUACGGCUUUUGCCUGACGCCUGAGGCUUCGUAGAGCUGCUCUUUGCUCCUCUUGACUGGCGCGGCUUCUUACAGUUUCGCUGUAGAUGCCCAGUCUGUCCACAAUUGUAGCAUCGGACAGCACUCAAUGCUACACCAUGCUCUCCAGUAGCAUCAGCAGUGGGGAAUUAGAACUCUGUUCUUCCCUCCCCUGUCUUUUUCUUCCAGUGCAGCAAGUCUGUCGUGUUCAUUCAGGACCACAGCACAAACUCUCUCCGCGGUCAGCUGCGCGGCCGGUAGGGAACCAAGCUGACUGGCAACAACCUUGUAGGUGCGGCUAAGGCUGUUUAUCAUCAUGAAGCAAAACACUUCCUCCUGAAGACGGAAAUUGCGUUCCACCAUCUGUUGACGCAGAAACUUCAUUUCUGUCAGGUGCGCUUGAACAUCUCCAUCAGGCGCAAGUCUCAGAUUGGUCAAUUUCUCAAAAUACAGCAACGCUGAAGAACCAGCAUCUCUCUGAUGCGUUGUACGCAGUGUGUCCCAUACCUCUUUCGCAUUUUCUAAAUGCUGAACAUGCACCAACUGAUCAUCUGAGACACACAGAAUUAUAGCAGUCCUGGCCCUUACAUUCUGUGACUCCCAACCUCUGGUUGGUGCUGCAGGGAUGGGGUUUUCAAUUACAUCAAAAAGCCUCUGAUUCUGCAGCAGGGCCUUCAUCUUUACAGACCAAGAUGAAUAAUUGUCAUUGGUCAAGGGAGGUGGGCAAGGCAAACCUCCCCCUUUCUUGGCAUCCAUCUUGAAGCCAAGCCUCCAGCUCACAAUGUCAAACAAACUGUAAAAUCCAACAGUUGUUUUUUUUUCUUUUCUCACGCAGCAAACUGCAAAUUGUUUACGCUCUUUGCACCUGGCAGCUAAACGCAGGCUGCUAUUGAAAAGUCCCUUCCAAGAGCUCGUAAACCUUGUAGCCAAAACAUUCUCUGGUUUUGUUUCGCUUUCCCAGGCUUACACUCAGAGUCCAGCCCCUUGCCAGUAACUUUCCAGGACCGUUGCCUAGCAACAAUGCAUUUCAAUAGGACAUCUUAUCUACCACAAAAAUUUGUGGAAUGCAGGCUUCAGCCUUCAAGCUGCAGGCCUCUUCCUCCGGAGCUUUUGUUUUCUUUGAAACGCAGCUCCGUGAACCAGGGAAUUAAUCUUCCUGCGUUCACACUUUUAGCCCGAAAUGCAGCAUACCUUGAACUUUGUUGCUCUGGAAAACACCUCUUCUUUCCACCAGCUGUCUGUGGAGCCUCUGGCUUCUUUCAGACGCUUCUCUUCCUCCUUGGAGCAGAGGAGGACAAUCCACCAGCCUCUCAUGCAGAUGUCCGAUGAAUCGCAACCAUCCGAAGGCUGCCACUGUUGGAAUUCUGCCUGGGUCAGAGGAAUGUGCCACAGCGUAGGCACCGGCAGAUAUUCCUGUCGACCUCCCCGCGUCUCCACUCUGCUGAUAAGCAGGCGAGGUCCGGCGAUUCUUCUCAGAUGUAUGAGAGGAACACACCGUUCUUCCUCUCUCCCCUUUGGUGUCCCCAGGGAGGGAAAGAAGCAGACAGAAAACUAUUUACAUCAUUUAUUUCUGCCUCUUACAUCAGUACAGAGAAUCAUGUCUGCACUCAACAACAGCAAGAAGAAACUCCUCCCAAGUACAUCCAGUACGGGUCAUAAGACACACACACACUGAGCUAACAUCCGGUGCUCAGUACAGAAUGGACUGCCCCUUUGUUCCCAUGGCAACAGUCACAAACAUCCUGUCUGGCUUUCCAGCCACAAGCAGCUGGCUGAGCUGCUAGAGCCUUUGCUUGCUGCAGCAUUGGUGCUUUAUGGUAACAGUUUUUUCCAUUUUAAAUAAUUCAUGUUUAAGGCUAAGUCUCUGAGAGAUGGGAAAAUGAGAUUGUAGAGCUGGAGAAGGACAACAGAAAUGAUCAUCUGGUUGGACUCUCCAGUGGGGAAAAGAUACUCACAUUUUUUUCUAAACUAAGAAGCCCUAAAUGUUGUAAGGUGGGACAACAUGACAGCACGUCUCAAGCUUGUACAGCUAAGGUGCACAAACACCCCUGACCAUAUGUGGCAAAUCCAUUUGUGGUACUCUUAAAUGUUCAGUGAGCUCUUUGUGAUCCUCAGUUGGAACGCAGUGUAGAAAAAUAUAUUUGGGUUGCCCUGGGGAUCUAUGUGGAGGCAGAAAACCAGCAGUUCUUGCUUUUCUAUUUCCACAGAGCUUAUUAUUACCAGUUUAAUAUAUUCUUACAUUUGAGUUUCUGUAGGUUGAAUUAAAUAAGAGGAAUGCCAUUUCCAAGUAGGGGGAACUGGACUGAAAUAAGAUUACUUUGGAAGCCAUCCUCUGAAGAAAAUGGAUGAGGACAUUCCAUUAUGUGAUGGUCUUAGUUCAUUCUGUGAGUUCUGCUAGAUUAGGUGGGUAUAGGUCAGAAACUCUCUGUGGUGAAUGUUUCAGUCUACACCAGCUUGAAGAUUUUUGUGUGUUUGUAUAUUGUUCUAGGAUGGUUAUGUUGUUUUGGUAUUUUGCCCAGAUGCUUUAUAUCAGGCUGGGGCUGAUGGGAGUUAUACUCUGUCAACGGCACAACAUUGGCUAUGCCUGUUCUUAACUAUCAACAGAAAUACACCACCUUCCGCACAUCAUAUUGCUAACUCGUCUUUGCUGGAUCUGUUAUUGUUAACUAUUUGUUUUCAUAAGAUGGAGAAAGCUUUCAUAUUCUAGAUACAGUGGUACCUCUGGUUAUGAACUUAAUUUGUUACAGAGGUCCAUUUUUAAGCUGAAACCAUUCUUAUCCUGAGGUGCGCUUUUGCUAAUGGGGCCUCCCGCUGGCACACGAUUUCUGUUCGCAUCCUGGAGCAAAGUUCACAACCAGGAGCAGCUACUUCCGGGUUAGCGGAGUUCGUAACCCGAAGCAUUCAUAACCAGAGGUACCACUGUACUGCUUUCAAACAGGUAGCAAGUACGGUUACUUGAAAUGCAUUUAGCAGUCUGCGGUCUGCACAGGAGCCAACAAUCCUGCCCAUGUGGUCAACAGGGAAGUACGGUACUUACUCAAAAAGAGCAGUGAAGGCUAGGUAAUGGAGUGUUAAGGCUUAUAUUCUAGGAUAGCUCAGUUGGUAGAGCAUGGGACACUUAAUCUCAGGGUUGUGGGUUCAAGCCCCGCAUUGGGCAAAAGAUUCCUGCAUUGCAGGAGAUUGAACUAGAUGGUCCCUUCCAACUCUACAAGUCUAUGAGUCUAGGCUCAUGCAUGUGGCAAAACAAGCUUAUGUGCUGAGAAGUUGUAAUAAUGCAACACUUACUGCCAUUUCCCAUUCAAGGUUCUCCUGGCAAGCUGGGACUUUCAUAAUCGCACAUGAUGAUAGACACAGCCUCCCACUCCCUCCAGUGUUUGUAGUGAAACCUGUGUGUGUAACAACCAAUUGAGUACCGGGAAAGUAAAUUUUGGAAUAAAUUGCUUUUUUGAAAAAGAAGAGGCAGAAGAACCCUUGGCUUCUGCUCUCCAGACUCCUUUGUAGCAUUUUCUUUCACAUUUUCUCAAUAUUAUUUUUAUAAUACUCCUUCUUAUUUAUUAAAUUUGUCCUUUAUUAUGUUAUGAACUGCUGCUGCAAGGCAUUUAUAGGCUGUGAGCAAAUUGCUGGCUUAAAGACAGCUUAGUCGUUCUUUUUCUUAAUUCAGAUUGAAGCUGGUUUGGGGGUGGGGGAAACGUUUCAAAAUGCAAGAUUUCGUAAGAAACAACAGGAUUGAUAUGGAUUGUGGCUAAAGUAAUGCGUAGACUCCUUCCAAAAACAGUGGCAGGGGUACACUGGAUGCCGAGUAAACUGGCGUGUGUGCACAGCCUCAGUUGCCAACAGAGUAAUCUUUUGUGCUGACUUGGAUAACAGAGCAGUCAUUUGGCGCUUCAGCGCUGAUAAAUGGUCAGAUCUCUGCUUAUGUCAUUCGCCAUCGGGAACGAACGAUACCACUGUCUCUCGCAUCUUAGAAUUCCAGUGUCUUUUUCAAAACAAGCUGCUUGGAAGAAGUCUCUGUUAGUUGCAUACUUUUCUGCAUUUGAUGCUUUGCAGCUGGCGGCUGAGGUUAGCUCUGUGACCGAAUUCUUGUUUGUGGAUGGCAUUUUUGUCAUGAAUUCAGAUAAGCAGAGGCCAACAAAGACUCCAGCUCCUUAAAUGCGCUGCCGGGUGAACAAAAGCCUAAAUCCUUGGCAUCUCUUUAGAGAAAGUGCUCCAUUUCUUGAGCACGGGCGGGGGAGGUGGGGAAAGGGAUUCAAUUCUGAUGGCUUAUACUCCUCCCAAGAGACUUACUCUAAGCUGUGCUGGAACAUUAAUCAAAACAUUUAUAUAUUCCCCUUUCUCUUACUCUGCUAAUCACUUGUGUGCUGUGUUAGAUCUCAACACAUUUCCAACAAAUAAAUAAAUCUCAUGGAGCUAGCAUACCCAACCCAAGAGACUACAUCUGUGUCUAAGCAUGACCUCUAAAAUAGCCAGGAAUACAGUUUUUAAGAUUAUCGUGAGUGUACAAAGGUGCAGAGAGGUGUUCCCAGUGGCUGCCCCAUAACGUUGGCAUUACUUUUCCCUGGAGACACACCAAAACCUGAAUAAUCUUUCGAAGGCUGUGUUCUGUCAGGGCCUAGGGUCUGAGCCCAUGAUGGUGAAGUCAGCAGAAAAGUGUUCUAAUCCAGAAUAAAGAUAACCUCUGAUUAGAAUUCCCAAACGUGGGCAGGUCUACGCAGAAGUUUGGUUACUCUCAAACAUAAAGAUUAUUUUUCCCCAGUAUGAAAGUCCAAUACAAAACACACACACACAAACACAAACACCUGGCAGAAGCCUACCCCUUUGUUCGUGUGAAGAGAAACUACUUUUGCCCAACACAUACAACUAGGGGAUGGGGGGCAACAUUUUUUAAAACCAAACAUAAUAAUUGCCCCAUCCUGUUUUGAAAAGUAAUACACUACAAUGCAAAAAUGGGGCUCCAAAACGCUGUCUCUCCUGUGGAUAGCUGCCCUUAUUCAGCAGUUGUACACAUUCUCACAGACAUACACUGUAGUGCUGUGUGUAACAGUCAAAAGACUUCAAUAAGCUAAUGCAAUAGAGAGAGUAUGCUAGAUCCAGGCCAAAAUAACAUUUCCUGUCAGUGCAGUUGAGCUAGAGAAGAAUUCUGUUCUGUUUUGUAUAUCAGCAGCAGAAGUUCUAACUGGCUUCCAGCUUUUUAUUUUGAGUUCACAUGAAGGGUGACAUGUGAGCCAGAAAUAAUCCAGAUGGGCUCUGCAUAGAGAGGCUAAAAGCAAGGGGAAUAAUAUUUGCUUCUUAAUAAUCGAGUCAGUUUGGAAGGGAGCAUCUGAGGCAGUAAACAUGGAAUGCCGGCUGCAUCAACAUCCUUCUACAAUUUCAAAUCCCACAAUUCUUUGAGUGUAUAAAGUUUUUUUGAUGUAAGAUGAAUCAGCAAGUGUCUCUUUAGAUCUCCACUUUAGAGCAAAGUGAAUAUUCUGUCAUAAAAGCACAUUCAGAUAUUUGAGCAUGUGAUGUUGUGGAUUUAUUCUACAAAUCAGCAUACGAAGUGAGAGCCCGUCCCGUUCAGACUUUUCAUCAAGGGAGUGCCUCUUAUUUUACUUCUUGUCUUUCUCUAUCUGUUAGCUGAUUAAAGCAGACAUUUUGUAAAAUCCUUCAACUGUAUUACAUAUUAUUAAGGUCUACUAUAAAAUGUCAUCUCUUUGGCAUUUAAAAGUCUACAAGCUUACUUGUGCAUAAUUAUUCUUCCAUUGUGUUCCAGGAUAUCACCUGGCAAGAUGAACACUCUGCUCCUUUCUCCUGGGAAACCAAGGUAAUUUCGCUAACUUAUGUUAUUCUCAUGUUGGUUCACCUUGGAAGUUUUAUUAAGCCUAAUUGACACUCCAUAGUUAGGGUUAUACCAUGCUAAUGGUAGUUUAAAAGAAGAGUAGUUUUUUUCCCUUGCAGUUAAUGUGCAGGCCAUUUAAUAUUGUGUGAGCUCAAUGGAUAUCACUUCUUGCAACGCUAUACAAAAAUGGAUAUUGAUAAUACUGCAUUGCAGCCAACCAAGUCAGAGUUAGGCCCGCUGAAGUAAGCAUAAUCCCCUGCUUUAUUCUCGCAAGAACCAUGCAGGGUAGAUUAGGUGUGGGGCUAACCAGCCCAAGGCCGAGGAAUUUCAUGCUUGAGCAAAGAUUUGAUCCCAGAUCUCAAAGGGCAAAGUCUAAUACUCUCUAAUGCUGUUAUCUACAGUGUCUAGCUCUCAAAACUGGAUGCCAUUGUGUUCAGUGUGACUAGUUAUAGCUCUUAGAACAGGCUUCCUCAGCCUCGGCCCUCCAGAUGUUUUUGGCCUACAACUCCCAUGAUCCCUAGCUAGCAGGGCCAGUGGUCAGGGAUGAUGGGAAUUGUAGUCUCAAAACAUCUGGAGGGCCGAGGUUGAGGAAGCCUGUCUUAGAAUGUGCUCUUUGAAAUCUAAGUAGUUCAGCUAUGGUUUAGAAAAAAUGUGUUUGGCAUAGCUGGCAGCCUGCUCGCAACUUAAACUGGUGCAGCAUGGUGGUUAAACUGGCAAGUUGUGAACAAGCAGGGACCCUGGUUUGAACUGUACCUUGGGCAAGCCUCUCCCUCCCUCUGCUCAGCGGUCACAGUAAUACUUGCUGCGCUUUACCGGGCUAUAAGGAUCACUGAGAGAAUAAAUGUGGAGAGCUUUGGGCAUUCAGGAAGCAGCAUCUAAAUGGCAAGUAUAUUAUUAUUCCGUGGAAAGACUGACCUGGAAAAUGACUGCAUAAUGUUGAGGAUGUGGGAGGAUAGAAUUCAUCUUGUUUAAAGGUCCCUUUAAUGGGAUUCUUUAAAAUGGAAAAAUAAUAUAGCUCUAGUUGUAGACUCCUUUUUGCUGUCCUUCCUAUGAAGCUUCCCCCACUCACCAAAUGGAAUAAAUUUCUGGUGUCACUUUAUAAAUAUGAUGUUGACAGCAGGUCGCUGGAAUGCCAGGGAAUAAAUAGUCUUUAUGAAAAGGAACUGACUUCAGUGGGGGUGGCAUUCAACUGAGUUUUAUGCAGAGUAGACCCACUGAAAUUCAUGAACAUGACUACGUUAGGUCCAUUAAUUUCUGACUGAAAUUUAAUGAGUGCCACCCUGGGUUUAGUUCUCAAAGCAACUUACACCUUCAGUGAAAAGAUCACCUGUUUGAGCUUCCACAUGUUGUUUCCAGGUUGCCACCAGCAGAAUGUAAUUGCUUAAAAUUGCCUGAUAUAGCUGGAAAGAGGUGGCCACAAUUCUCCCCAAAUCACCUGUUAGUCCUGUUCUGCACUUUGCAAGAGCAGAUCGCCACCGGAAGGGUGUGGAUGGGUGGUCACAAGGCAUGGGAAAGCAAAGGGUGGAAAAGGCCAUGCCUGCCUUGUUUUGCUCCUUCAAAUCAGGGCAUUUGAACUCGGCAUGCAUAUUCUCCAGGUUGCAAUCUGCCAGCCCACCUUUGAACAUUUGUUAUAUACCACUGUUGUAGUUGUGGUGGUGGGGGCGGAUUGAGGACCCCGAAAAGCCACUGAGUGUGAAAAGUUCUGCUCUACCUUUCUUACCUUUUUAGGUGGUACUUUCCAUUUAUACACCAAGAGUUCUUUUUUGACGUUUCUACAGAAUGCAUAGUGUAAGAGCAGGCAUAAGGAGUGCCAGUAUGUCCUAUUCCAUUUUUGUUUCAUUCCCUUCCUUUGCCUUUUAUAAGCAGCGAUAUAUAUGUAGCUCUGUGGCUGAUGCAGUUACUGUUUUUAUUUUUAUAUAAUUGUAGAGUUGGAAGGGACCAUGAGGAAUCUCAACCAAAGCAUCCAUGACAGGUGGCCAUUUAACCUCUGCUUAAAAACCUCCAAAGAGGGAGAGUCCGUGGGAGUCUGUUCCACUGUCGAACAGCUCUUACUGUCAGAAAGUUCUUCCUGAUGUUUAGUCAGAAUCUCCUUUCUUGUAACUUGAUUCCAUUGGUUCCAACCCUCCAGAGCAGGAGAAAAUAAGCUUGCUCCAUCCUCAACAUGGAAGCCCUUUAGAUAAUUGAAACUAAACAUACACAGGCUAAACAUACACAGCUCCUUCAAGCGUUCCUCAUAAGGCUUGGUUUCCAGUCCCUUGAUCAUCUUGGUUCCAGAUUAUCAAUAUUAUUACUUAGAUUUCUUACCAGCCCUUCACAGUUAAACCAAAUCACAAUCAAGAGAAUAGGUUAGAUCCUAAAAUAUCUCUCUCUCAGGGGUCAAAGACCAGAGUGAAGGGGUAUAUUAUCUAUAUACAGUGGAGACUACAUAAUGGAAGGCACCAGAAAUUCCACAGAGAAUGUCCUCCCCCGAGCUCCCUGCUUGAAUUGAAUCCAUUUUGCUUGGGGGAGGACGAUGGCACAAAAGAUCUCCAGUUUUGGAGCCAAGCUUCACAUUAUAAGCAGUUGCAUACUCCUCCCCCCCUUGAGAAGCAGCCUUGGAGAGUGCAGCCAGGAGCAGAAAAGCAGCAAGCGAGGAGGGUCUCCUGAACCCCUUUCCCCCUUCAUGCCAGCCUGGUCCUCCAGAGCAUGCCAGCUGUGUAGUUCUCACACAGCAGGGCUUGGGCUGCAGCAAGUCAUGACCCCAAAGCCAUAAUUUCCUACAGCUGUCCAUAUUUUGGGAGCUUGAUCAUGUUACUAAACCAACACGUUCAAAAGAGAGCUGGCCAAAGAUAGAGCCGUUUCUUUGUUUUGAGAAAUGUUGGAAUUUUUAAUUUAUUUCUUUGCUCCUUUUACUGCAAAUAUGUUUUUGUCACUCCUGCUUUCAAAACAUAAUGCUUGGCCUACCUGGUUGUUAGCUGUGGCUAUACAUGUUCAAAAAUAUGAGCAGCGACGUCCCACAAUUUGGGGAGAUUGGUGUAGACUGGAGGUUUCUAAAAAAGAUGAAUGACACUGAGGGGGUGAAAUGGAAACAUUGGUUUUGGCUGUAAUUCGGGCCCAUAGCUCUGUGGGAGAGCAUGUUCUUGGAAUGAGGCUUCAGAAUUCAGUUGCUGCCACUUCCAGUUAAGUAGCAGGACCAGGAAAUUGACUUAAAACUCUGCAUGAGAGCUGCUGCCAGUCAGAGCACACUCUCCUGGGUCAGAUGGAUGAAUGAUUUGAUUUGGUAGGAAGCACCAGUGUAUUGAAAUCUUUUCCUUCUUUCAAGUUACCAUUUCUCUCUGGGAUGCAAGCUUUUCUCUGAUUUUUGGAAUCUGUUUGAAUUCCCACAUGUGCAAAGCGACUUAGCUUCCCCAGUACUAUUGCCCAUUUUUCCUGGCAGCAACUUGCCUCGAUAUGGCAAGAAGCCAUGCAGGCAGUGGUAUCCAGUCUGUGUGGCGAACAUUAGACCAGUUCACAGCAUGUGGAGGCAGGGAGGCAGUCUCAGCCUGGCAGAAACAACCCUUAGAUUCACAUGAAAGAGCAUCAAUAGCUGCACAUCUCCAUCCUAGUAUCACCUCAGUGCUUAUCCGCUGUGCUCACAUUCACACAAGGAGACAGCAUGGGACGGGGGAGACUCCCAACACCCAGUUAAAUUUCUGGAUCUGAAGGCAAACAGCCUAAGGAGCUGCAGUAUCAUCUUAUUUGUAGUUUGAGUCGGUGGCUCAAACUGUCUGAUGGUCUUAAGUUCCCUGAGUGGCCUGCAUAUAAAUGCCUGAAGUGAUUGACGAAGGGGUUCUUCAUUGUUGCGGCAACUAUUUGAGAGCCAUUGUGGUGUAGUGGUUAAAGUGCUGUACUAAGAACUGGGAGAACAGAGGUCAAGUCCCCACUCGAUCAUGAAGAUCAGUGAGUGAUCUUGAGCCAGUCACAGUCUUUCAGGUUAACCUACCUCACCGAAUUGUUAUAUAAGCAUAAGAGGCAGGGGACAGAACCAUGUCUGUCCCCUUGAGCUCCUGGGGGAAAAGGUGACAUAAAAUUAUAAUAAUAAAUGUAAUGAAAUACAGUCAUAUCUUGGUUUUCAGACAGCUUAGUUCUAGAACGUUUUGGCUCCCAAACACUGCAAACCCGGAAGUGACUAUUCCAGUUCACGAACUAUUUUUGGAAGCCGAACGUACGACAGAGCUUCCGAUAGGCUGCAGGAACUUCCUGCAGCCAAUCGGAAGCCGCACUUUGGUUUCCGAAUGUUUUGGAAGUCGAACGGACUUCCGGAACGGAUUCCGUUCGACAUCCAAGGUGAAACUGUAUGGAGCUAGCAGCAGGUCAGAGGCUAUUUUGUGUACUGUUUCAGUGAUGCAUUGUAAUCUUGGUUUUGUUGAAGUUCUAAGGUGCAGGGUGUUGUGUUCUUUGCAGGAAAUCCUCAUACUUUAGUGGUUGUCCAAUCAGCUGAGACUUAGGCCGCAAUCCUAGACACAGUUACGUGGAGUAAGUCCCACUGAACUCUGUUGGGCUUACUUCGGAGUAGACACGUAUAUGAUUGCACUGCAGGUGUACUCUUGUCAGUCAGCCAACUUUAGGUUCCUCUCUUCCAUCUCAGCAAUUUUGUUUCUUGAAAUACUACAGGUUGUGCUUAAAGGAGUUUUGAGUGGGUGUGGUAAGCUCUUGUCCUACAGGCUUUGUUUCAGUAUUUGCCGGUGGGUUUUUUCCUUUUUCUAUUUUGAGGUUGCCAAGCCAAACAGCUUGUUUUGGCUGUGUGCGCUAUCUGCUUAACGAAAUACUGCACAUUCCCAACCAGUGAAUAAGCUAUAAAAAUAACUCUGUGAAUUCUUGUGGCCUUCUCUGUUUUUAGUGCAUAGUUGAGAGCUGGUUAGCAGAGAUCCAGUUUUCAUUCAGUUUGACGGGGAGCCAGCCUUCUAAUUCAACACUCGCCUGGUUGCCUAGGGCAUUUGCCACCAUUUUGCAGUGAGGGCAAAAGAAGCUAGCCACAGAAACCUCUCUUGAGAACCCUGGCACAGCCUCCACAGCCUCCUUUCUAGCCAUUAGAACAAAGAAAGCAGACUCUGUGGCACUCCAUGUUUCUGGACUGCAACUCCCAUCAUUCCUGGCCAGUGGCUGUGCUGGCUGGAUCCAGUGGGAGUUGGUGCCCAACAACAUCUAGCAUGCCACAGGUUGCCCAAUCCCACGUUAGAGUUAGCGGGUGUAAAAUACCCUGAGAGUUUUAUUAAAAGGUGGUAUAAAAAUAAUUAUGAAAUCAGUAAAUAAUUAUUAAGUGGGACAUAAAUGCCUUAAAUAAAUGAAUGCAGUAAUAAAUGGUUGUAGAUAGCCAAUACUGGAAUAAGCCUUUCAUUAAUGUACAGUGAAGUGCAAAACCAAGAGGUCAGUUAGUCAGAUCCUGCUGUUCUCCCCUCUGUCCACAGAACCUGAAUUGCCUUGGGGUCAGGGCUUUAAAAAUAUUGGCAAUUCUUCAUUGCCAGCAGUGGCAACUGAAGCCCGUUGUGCCUUUCCAUUUGCACUGGGUCACCCAUUGCCAACUUGGUGCCCUCUGGCUGUUUUGGACUAUGGAUCUAAAUCAGCUGCCUUGGGAAUAGGCCAGAAAUAUGAGAGGGAAACAUGAGAGAAAGGGAUAAAGUUGUGGAUGAAAUCAGUGUUUAGGCAGAUUAUUUUGAAGAAGACCAGAACCGUGACCUUGAAUUUUGUAAUUUCAGAACUCAGCAAUAUAAAGCUUUGGGUCUGCCAGAGCUUCCCUACCCCAUAGUGUGCAGAACCCCAGACUGCCACUGCAUGGAAGUGCUCCUGCUGGUCAGUUAUUCUAGUGGGGAAAAACCUUGCCAGGCCGGAAACUUCAUCGCCCAAGCCAUACAUUACGUCCUGCUGCUUGAGCACAUGGCCAGAAACAGGACAUGUGGUUUGUGUGCUUUCAGUUUGGAAUAUCUGGAAGCUGUUGAAACUCAUUCUGCCAGGGAACUAACUCAUCCACUCCUUCCCCCUCUCUGUAUGCUUUGUUUCACUUUUUAAUUUUAUUUGUUUCUUUCUUUGGUCUCUGUUUAUGAAUCGCUUCCCAUAAAAUAUCUCAAAGUGAUUUCAGAGUAAGAACAUCAACGAGAAAAACAAUUUCUAAUCUGGUAUGAGAUAAAGAUACCCACUUAAGAGGCUUCCUGAAGAAGGAAGGUCUAAAUAACAACAACAACAACAAAAACAAAAACACCAACACUUCUUAUACCCCACCCAUCUGGCUGGGUCUCCCCAGCCACUCUGGGUGGCUCCCAACAGAAUAUUAAAAACACAAUAAAACAUUGAACAUUAAAAACUUCCCUAAACAGGCCUUCAGAUGUCUUCUAAAAGUCAGAUAGUUGUUUAUUUUCCUGACAUCUGAUGGGUGGGCAUUCCACAGGGCGGGCGCCACUGCUGAGAAGGCCCUCUGCCUGGUUCCCUAUUCUAUGUUGUGAACCGCCCUGAGAUCUACGGUGGUAUACAAAAGGUGGUAUACAAAUUCAAUAAAUGAAAUAAAAGUAAUUCAAUAGGGGUCAGAAAGACAAUAGAAAUGGAACUCUGGGAGGAAGUUCCAAAGGGUCGGUGCCACCACACGAAAGACCCAACUCCUAUUUCUUACAUUAAAGGCCUGAAAACUGAUCAAGCUGUUACGUACUAAGAAGGAACAUUAGUGAAACAUAAUAAUGCUGGUGGGAUAGGAAGCUGGCUUUGCAAGGGAUAAGAUGAUGGGCAGCGAAAAGGUCCAGCGUUCUCCAUCAGGUAAACCUAGACUCCAAAAGCAAAAGUGAGCCUGGUUGGAGUAAAAGUGGAGUUGGAAUGGGUGUGUCUCCUCUCCUGCCUCCUCUCAUUCUUCCUUGAAGACCAUCUUAGAAUUUCCCCAUUAGCCGAGCAAAAGCUGGGCUUGAAUUGCCUCUUUGCCAAGAAAACACAUCAUUUGGCCUCUAAUGUUGCAAGCCACUGGCACAAGUUUUCUCAAGUUACUUUAAACUGGGGAUGACUAUCCCAUGGUCCUCCAGAUGUUGUUGGGCUCCAACACUCCUCAUUCCAACCAGUAUGGCGAGUGGCCAGGGAUGAUGGGCAUUGUAGUACUACAGCAUCUCAGGAAUCACACGUCAGUCACCCUAUGCUUUAAGCUAUAUCUGUUUGUUCCUGCAUGUUCUCAACUAGGGUUUGAGCAAUUGUGGAGCCAGUCAAUUCAAGCAUGAUGGAGAGUGUCCUGAUGUUCAGACUAGAUUUGAAACCUGAAUUGCGUAGUAAUGCGCAUGGCCACCCUUGCGUAGGAGUGAAAUUGAUUACCAUCCAAAUAUGUUUUCUCUGUUAUGUGUGGUGUGUUUUUGUUUGUUUGUUUCAUGCCCCUUUGUGAUAGUUCCUUUAAUGCUGUGUACUUCUUAGAUAAUUAUGGGCCAUUCGUCAGAGGAAGCUAAAUCUGUAGUAUCUGGUAUCCCAUCUCGUAACAGCUGCUUGACUCUUCGUUGGGCCUAAUGGAUUGCAUCUUAUAAGCAAGUGCAUGGCAAAUCUGUCUUAUUUGCACAGUUUCUACAGGUUGCAGAAUCCCCCUUUACUUGGCACAAAACCUAGACUGUGUUUGUGCUAACCGUCAAAAUUGUGUGCCCAUCCCAGAUUCUGCCCACAGCUUACCUGCAGCAGGCAGUAAGUAGAGUGGUACCUCGGGUUAAGAACUUAAUUCGUUCCGGACGUCCGUUCUUAACCUGAAACUGUUCUUAACCUGAAGCACCACUUUAGCUAAUGGGGCCUCCCACUGCCGCUGCGCUGCUGCUGCUUGAUUUCUGUUCUCAUCCUGAAGCAAAGUUCUUAACCCGAGGUACUAUUUCUGGGUUAGCGGAGUGUGUAACCUGAAGCGUCUGUAACCUGAAGUGUAUGUAACCCGAGGUACCCUGUACCAGGUAGCUGUGGUGCAGUCUGCCAGAUCCUCACCCAUAACCUCUAAAACAGCCACCACCACCCCUCCAUAAACCUCUCCACUACGUGUGUUUUCUCAUGCAAAGAGAGUUGGCAUUAAUUCUUUCUAAUCCCCAACAGAGUCAGAUGGAGUUCAGCAUUGCUUCUCUGUCCAUACAAGAGCCAAGUGCAGUGGCAUUGCAGAGCGAACCAAAGCAGACCACCAAAACCGCUCCAGGGCCCCCAGCCCCCAAGCCCGCACAAGGUGCUAAAACGCCUAACUCAGAGGGGCUUCUGCCAGCUAGGAAAGAGGAGGAGUCGUCAUUCUGGAAGAUCAAUGCUGAGCGCUCGAAGUGUGACGGAGAACAGUCUGAGUUCUGUUCUCUGACCCCAAGCCAGAUCAAGUCCAUGGAGAAAGGAGAGAAGACCCUCCAGCCUUACUACAGGCAAGAAUCUGGUCCAAAAGAGGCAACCAAAGCAGAGAAGCCUAGUGCUAGCAAACCUGAAAAAUUGACCACCCCCGUUCUUGCUGCAACCUCAAUAGAAUGGGAAAAACCUCAACCUGGCCAGCUGAGUCCUCCUGAUGUUUGUCCUGAGCCAGUGGAAAAACUCUCAUCAACUGGGACCAAAAGUGAGGAGGCUGAUAGUGGUUUCCUUUCAGAAGUGCAGGUAAAAGCUGGUCUUUCAUCCCUUGCUUUGUCUAUUUGAGUGCUUUGCAAAACAAAACAAAAGUCCACCCUUCUACAAAUGUUGUUCGAGAAGAUUAGCAGUUCAUACAAUUCUAAACACUAAGCUUGUUUCUUUUUCUUCUGCCAGUUAAAUCCAGCUCCAACAUAAAUGCUAAUGCAUUUUCAAUAUGUUUUUAAUAUACAGUCGUACCUUGGUUGUCGAACGCCCAGGAACUCGGAUGUUUUGGCUCUCGAAUGAUCGAAACCCGGAAGUGACUGUUCUGCUUUUCUAACGUUCUUUUGGAAGCCAAACAUCCAUUGCGGCUUCCGCAGCUUCUGAUUGGCUGCAGGAGCCACGAUUUGGUUUUUGAACGUUUUGGAGGUCAAACAGACUUCCAGAAUGAAUUCCGUUCGACUUCCAAGGUACAACUGUAGAUAUAGUAGCCACAUUUGCCAUUUGAAUUGUCUGAAAUCCUGUAUGUGUCCCUGCAUGACUUGGUUUAGAGCAGGGAAGUGGAACCUUUGGCCCUUCAGAUGGCUAAACUACAACUCCCAGGAGACACAGCAAGCAUAACCAGUGGCCAAGGAUGGUGGGAAUUGUAGUUCAGCAGAAUCUGGUAGGCCUAAUGUUCCCAGCACCUGGUUUUGAGGUUUAGUUUUUCUGCUAGCACGCACACACGCAACCAGAGAUUGAAAUCUUCCUCCCCCAAAUCCAACCCUGUAAGUUUUUCGAUGCGAAUUUCGAAUUCCAUAGCACUACUUGCGGUGACGGGGGACUCUGAUGCUCACAUGUAUUUUUGGGUGCUUUUAUGGGGUUUGGGUUUUUUGUUCUUGUUUUACAGUGUCCAUGUAAUGCUAUCAAAAUGUCAGCUACCCCAAUUUAAUCUAAAUUUAUCCUUUCUGGGGGAAAUCAAAAAACGGGGUGGGGGGAGGAUCUGUUUCCCAACAACCUGCUUGCAAUAUUAAACCUGUGCCAGGAAGCACCUUUUAUUGUAUAUAAGUGUAUGUUACUGAUUAGGGUUAAUUUAGUUUCAAUGAUUUAAGUAUUCACUUUGUCUAAUUUUUGUGUCUCUGCAGAGCAAUGCAAAUAACGUUAUCUUGAAGACCGGAUUUGAUUUUCUAGACAACUGGUAAAGGACCAAAAUAGCUUCAGCUCAGUUUUGGAGGAAGAGAAAAGGAACAUCUCUCUUCCAGUCUACUUUAUUUUAUUUUAUUGGUAUUGGCUUCUAUUUGAUCUUUCAAACUAAUAUUUUUUCCAACUGUUUUAAAUGUUGCCUUUGUAUUUACACUUUUUUGUAAAACCAUAUGGAUAUUUGUAUUUUGGAAUUGUCCAGUGUUAGAAAUAUGGUUGUUUUUCUUUAUGAUUCUAUAGGGUGAAUUGUUAUAUUGGAGAUGGGACAGGAUACAUUUCCUAAUUAGUGUUAUGUGUUUUAAGGACAAGGAUUGAGGGAUCAGAGAGAGAGAGAGAGAGAGAGAGAGAGAGAAGUUGAAGCCACCCGACAGAGGCACCUAUUUUCAUUUCAUAUACAAAUUAAACUACACCUUAUGGGCUGCAACAUAACUUAAAGAAAGCAAUUUAUGUGGAGAUGGUGCAGCGGCAAAACACCGUAGGCCUAGGUUCUGCUGAAGCACAAAGCUCAAAAACCAAAAUUAAUCUUAUCUGUUUCAAAUAAACUACACAGAAAAUUAAGGCUACAGAUUUUUACACUUUAUUUUUGUAUAGGUAUGUUUAGUUUGACCAACUUAUUUCUAAUGCUGAUAUUGGUAGUGUGGUAUGAAAUAUUUUCGAAAUGGAAAAGCUUUUACAAAGGAGGCUGUUCAAACCAGCACCAUAGCUGUACUUGGGAAAAUAAUUUGCCUAAAUGCAAAGCCAAUGCGGAGAGGGACAUGGCAAGAGAGAAGACAAAACCCCACAAAUACAUUUCAGUGAAGCUUCUCUUCUCUUUUAUCUUUGAAAAAUAACUCGGUAAGAAUAUUUUGGGUGAAUACAACCUUGCAAAGCAACUGAUUCUCUUGAGACCUCUUAGCAUUCCUCUUAACAGUGGCAUUGCACACCAAUCUGUAGGAGUGUCAAUUGCCUCUUCCCUGUCCCUCCCGCAAAAGAAAACUCUACAGUAAUCCACCAUGUUUGAAACUUGUAGGGUGGUCAAAUUCAAAAGAGGACAGGAGUCCUACAUCCUUUAUUAGUUGUGUAGAAGAGGGGAUUUCAUCAGGUGUACCUUGUAUGACAAGGCGGUCAAAGGUGUUGGCAUUCUGUCCUCUUGAAUCCAGCCACCUUAUCCGAGAGGUUUUUUUAAAAAUUGUUUCAGUAAUAAUAAUAAUGGUAGUAGUAGUGGUAGUAAUAAGCUUCUCUUGAAGGUAUCUUGACUAAUUUCUGGUGCUGCAUCCCUUAGUGAGGCUAGAAUUCCCAACAUGUCACACCCACACACCCUGAUGUGCUAAGUUUUUGUUAGUUGCUUUUUUUUAAACUUGCAGAGAGCUAUUUAUAUGAGGGUUGGUCAUUCAAAAACGACACCCCUCCACUAUAGCUUGAAAUUAUACAGUCCAAUCCACCACCUCAGGAUUGUAGCACCUCCUUCUUUCUGCUGCAUAUUUAGACCAGGCCUCAUUGUUGUCAGCUAUUUAAAAUGUACGUGUGUGAGUAAAACUGCCGCCUGACAAUGCGUUGUGGUUUCCCAUUUUGCUUCAAUGCUAUACCUAUCACCUUCGAGCCUUAAUUUCCCUUUACGCACAACUAGUGAUCUGUCCAAUCCAAAGCCAAAGGUGACUGACGCUCUGAUUUUAAAUUCUUGCAAUUAAAAUCCCAAUAACUGAAUUUCUGGAGUAUUGACCCAAGGCGGUGGUUCUUUGUGCCAACUCGUGGAGAUCCCACAAAGUUUGCAUCGGACUACUUCUGUAGGACAAAAAAAGCAAACCUUACAUCCUCUCUUUAUUUUCAGUGCUUUUUCUAACAGCACUUGCUAGUAGCCUCCUCCGGGUAGCUUAUCGCAAUCUUGAGAUUUCUGUUUGCUUGACCUCACACUAGUGUAUAAACUAAAACCUGAAAAUUCCUCUUCAUCUACAUAAGCUCUACUUCAGUCCACUUUCUGUACAUCCAAUCUCCUGUUCUCUCAAUGUACUCUGCAGGAAACAUAGAAGAAGUCUCUUCAUUUGGUUUGAUUAAUUAAUUAAUCUAAGUCUUUGUUCCAAAGACACGUCCAUCUGUGUUGCUAUGGAAAAUAAGAAAAUAUGGGGGAACACUAAAGGAAAUGCUGUUCCUGUGUCCCCAUCUCUCUCUCACAUGGGUGUUUGUGGUAAAACAGCAAUGUAGGCAGGUUAAAUAUGUGCAUCUCUAAACACUCAGAUGCACACUCCAGAGCUCAGGAUAACUUGUGGCAUCUUUGGCGAUGCAUCUCUCCAUCACACGGUGUUUACCGUGGUAGCACCUGUCAUGCUGUGUCGCUGUGCUGCCAUGUUCCAUGUGAAUUGACUCUUGAGUAACAGGCAGCUUCCUGACACUGCUAGUUAUUCAACUUGGGAUACUGGCAGUUCAAAAUGGCAAGAGGCUGAAGAGAUUUUUAGCAGAAGAAAGCCUCUUGAAGUUCUGGUAACAGUUUGUGAGUGAUCUAUUUACAAGUUUUCUGAGUCACUUUAAUAUUUGUAAAAUAAAUUCAGAAUGGUUUUUUAAAUUAGAAAAAACAUUUGGUAUUUAAAAAGCAACAAAACACUAUGAUUGAGCACAAGUUCUACAUGCAUGAAGGCAUUUCUGAUUCACAUUUUGGCAUUUGAAAGGGAAUAUUUGCAAUCUUAUAAAAGCUGAAUAAUGUGAAGUGUGACUUUUUUUAGUUCAGGUCCUCUUCUCUGUGUUGACAACUUCAAGAAGCAGAUAUUUUCAGUUUAGCAGACAAGUAAUGUCACUUUCCAUAUUUUUUUUGCCCAUGAAAGAGAAUGCCCUAAGGCCUAGAGAAGCAUCUUUUUAAAAUCUCUGCUUUCAUGCACUGACAAUGGAUAAACGGAUAGGAUCUGUGUUAUUUUCUUCUUCUGUUCUCUUGUUUUGGAGUCUUUCAUCUUAUACACUUAGGGUUUACUUCCUCUAAAGUGUUUGUACACAGCCUAUUCACUACAGUGAGGCUAACUCAGAAGAUGUUGAUAGAUUGUACUCAGUGCAACCAGCCAGCAAAUGUCUACUGCAGAAACCUUUACUCUCCCUUUCCCUUUACUGUGCUUUGAUGGCUAAAUCGGAUGCUUCUCCCUUUCUUAGAUAUGUUUUUACUGAAGUUCGUAUUCAAAAUACUUGGUCACAUUUUGUAUAAAAUUACUUCUUAAUUAAAGGCACCUGACAUAAACCAGUUUCAUUGCCUUUAUUGAUUUGAUGUCCUUGCCUCUUCCUCCUUGACUGUCAUGGUUCUGACAUUUUGGUAUGGGCUUCAUCUGCAUUAUAUGUUUACUUUUAUUAUUUUUUCAUAAAAAUUAUUCCCAGCUGAUUUUUUAAAACAAAACCUUAAAGCGGUUCACAAAAAAGAAUUUAAAGCAGUAUCAUACCACUUGGCUUCCCCCAGAGAAUCAUGAGAACUGUAGUUUGUUAAGGUUGCUGAGAAAAUUAAACAUUACUAUAUUGGUUAUUUGUUGCAAAUCUUUGCACAAAAUUGACUCUCAUGGGGGUGAAAGCUGGUUUUUACCAUGUCAGACAAAAAUGUUUAGAUCUAGAAUUGUUUCUACAUCUUGAGCUUAGAGUGCUAAAGACUAUUCCAAAUUCCCAAAACUAGAAUCAAACUUGUGCCCAUCUUGUGAAAAUUGAGUAUCUGUCUAUCAAACUUGUCUAACACCUAUUAUUAUAAAUUACCCCCUUCUCUUCCUGAAAGGUAUUUCAUCACUACUUGUUUGGGCCAAGUCUAAGCAUAAGGGAGCUCUACAUUUGUAGAGGGGUGUGUCUUUUACAAUACUGUAUUUUUCCAUGUAUAAGAUGCCCCAUAUUUUUUUUUUACCCAAAAUUGAGAAAUUAAGUUGCUUAGCUUUUGGGGGGCUAGGGAAGGUCACUUCCACCAAAUGCUCACCCCCCUGCCCGCCACUGCUGAUCGCACACCUUGAUGCAGCCGCCUUAUCUGCCCACUCAUUGCCACCAAAGGCCACCCGCCCACUUGCCGCAGCCACCAAUUGCCUGCCCACCUCACCACAGCUGCCAAUUGCCUGCCCAUUUGCCACAGCCAAUCGCCAGCAGGCCUUGCCGCAGCCACCAAAUCACCCGCCAAAUCUGCGUUCACUACCCAUGUAUAAGACAACACCCAAUUUUUGCCAAAAUUUUUUUAGCAAAAAAGCAUCAUCUUAUACACGGAAAAAUACAGUAAUUCUCCAUUUGUAUCUUGCUUGUCUUUCAUGGAGCCCAUAGGAGAUUCUCUCAUGAUCUCCCUUGUGGGUUAGCAGCUGGAUCUCUUAGCUGCAGAACGAAAUAACAUCAUCUGCCUCCAAACUACUAUCCUGUAGUUCCAACUUUUGAGUCAUAGUAAAAUCAAGAAGGUAAGUCCUCUUGCUUUAUAAGAUCACGAGAAAGGAAACAGGCUCGUCUUCGCUUACUUUUCCUCUGCUCAUUCCAAGCCUGGCCUGCUCUUUGAAGCUCAGUGGGAGCAAACAGCAAUCCCCGGUGCUGUGCGAAGUAGCGAAUAACAUCUUAAGCGGCGGAAAGACACCAGACUCAUGGAAGGAAGCCUAUAUUACAUUAAUAUCUAAGCCUAACACACAUAAAUUAGAUAUGAAAAACUAUAGACCAAUAUCAUUAUUAAAUAAUGAUUAUAAAUUAUUUGCGGAAGUAAUGGCCAACCGUCUUAAGAAAUGUUUAAGAAACCUUAUCCAUACAGAUCAAGUCGGAUUCUUACCCAAUGGACAAUUAAAAGACAAUAUAAGACAUAUAAUUAACAUCAUUGAAUAUCUAGAGGCCAAGAAUGAAAUAUCUGUGGCACUAAUUUUUACUGACGCUGAAAAGGCCUUCGAUAAUGUAUCUUGGCAAUUCCUUGUAAGAUGUUUAGAAACAGUAGGGAUAGAGGGCGCCUUCCUGGAAGGGAUAAAAGCUAUUUACUCAAGCCAGAAAGCAAAAUUGAUUAUUAAUAAUGAUUUAACUGAUUAUUUCGAAAUUUCAAAGGGUACGAGACAGGGGUGCCCUCUAUCACCUCUUUUAUUUAUAAUGAUACUAGAAAUUAUAGCAAAUAAGAUAAGAACAACUCCAGAAAUACGUGGAAUUAAAAUUGGGAAAAAAGAAUACAAACUGAAAGCAUACGCUGAUGAUCUGAUGGUAUCAUUAGAAGAUCAACAAAAAAGUGUCCAUAAGGUAAUAGAAUUGUUAGAAGAAUUUGGAAAGUUAUCGGGUUUUAAGUUAAACAAAUCAAAAACUAAAAUGAUGACGAAGAACAUGGAAGAAGCUAUGAAAAACCAGCUAGAGGCUAAAAUUGGAAUUAAAGCGGUAAAAAAAAGUAAAAUACCUGGGAAUUAGGCUAACUAUGAAGAACAUAAAUUUAAUGACGGACAAUUAUGAAACAGCCUGGAAAGAAAUUAAAAAAGAUUUAGAUAUAUGGAACAGAAUAAAAUUAUCAUGGUCAGGAAGAAUGGCCGCAAUUAAGAUGAAUAUACUUCCAAAGUUGUUAUUUCUAUUUCAAAAUAUUCCGGUGAUAAGAGGAAACAAAGUAUUUAAAGAUUGGCAGAAAAUUUUAUCUAAAUUCAUUUGGCAGGGAAAAAGGCCUAGAAUUAAAUUUAAAUUGCUUACAGAUAGAAGAGAAAGAGGAGGUUUUGCGGUACCGAAUUUGAAACUGUAUUACGAGGCCUCAUGCCUCUGUUGGAUUAAAGAAUGGAUUGUAAUAAAAACACUGACCUACUAGAUUUAGAAGGCUUUAACACCAGAUUCGGUUGGCACGCAUAUUUGUGGCAUAAUAAAGCAAAAGUACAUAAAGAAUUCUCCAGUCACAUCAUUAGAGGACCUCUGCUAGAGGUUUGGGAAAGAAAUAAAAAUCUUCUUGAAAGGAAAACUCCCUGGUGGUUAUCACCAAUAGAUAUUUUAACAAUUAAAAAAACAAACAUAGAAGGUAAGAGAUGGACAUAUGAAGAUUUAUUGGUGAGAACAGAAAAAGGUUGGCAGAUCAAAACGUAUGAAGAACUAGGAGAUAAAUUAACGAGUUGGUUACAAUUCCAUCAAAUUAAUGCACUGUGGACAGAAGAUAAAAAGAUCGGGAUGAACGAAAAAAAUCAAGAUUCCAGAUAGAAAUACUGGAAGGAAACUCAAAACUCUUAUCAAAAAUGUAUAAUCAACUGUUAGAAUGGGAUACUAAGGACGAGGAAAUAAAAGAAGUUAUGGUGAAAUGGGCGAUAGAUCUUGGAUAUAAUUUGGAAUACAAUAGUUGGAUUAAGCUCUGGAAUAAAGAUAUGAAGUUCACUGCUUGUGUUGCCUUAAGAGAAAACAUGGGGAAAAUGAUGUACAGAUGGUACAUCACAUCUGUAAAAUUAGGAAAAAUCUAUAAGAAUGGAGAUAAAAUGUGCUGGAGGUGUAAAAACAAGGAAGGUAGUUUUUACCACAUGUGGUGGACUUGUGAAAAAAUCAAGAACUUCUGGGAGCUCAUUUAUAAUGAACUAAAAAAAUAUAUGUUUAAAUAUACUUUUGUUUAAAAACCUGAAAAUUUUCUUCUGGGAAUGAUUGGCAAUGAAAUUAAGAAAGAGGACCAGACCUUAUUCCAGUACGCAAAAACAGCUGCUAGAAUUUUAAUCGCCCAAAAUUGGAAAUCAACCAAUAUCCCAACAGUAAGAGAUUGGCAAAGUAAAUUAUUUGAAUAUUCAGAAUUGGCAAAAUUAACACAAAAAUUAGAGACCAGAAAGAAACAAAGUUUAUUAAAGAAUGGAAUAAAUUCAUAACCUAUAUUGAAGUAGAUUAAAAAAUCCAAAGAUCACAGUAGGCUUAAUAUAACCCUUCGACAUACAAAAGUUUUAAAGAAAAACUGCGGGGGGAAAUGUAUUACAUAACCCAAAACUGAGGUGGAGGGAAGUCAAUAACUUACAUGUUUGUCUUUGUUUUUUCUUCUUCUUAUAAUUAAGUUAUGUUGUUCUUAUUAUUGUUUUUUUUUGUGAAGAAUUUAUUUUCUGUACAUAUGUGUGUAUAUGUAUGAAAAUUAAAAAAGAGAAAUUUUU